AUGAACGAAUCCGAAAACGAGAAAGCUUUCAAAAGCGGGGGACGGGAUCCAGAGGGCCGUGUUGGAGCCUUUGGCGAAACGGACCGGCGGCAGGAGACUCCGAUCGGGACAAAUGAAGCCAACGCAAGAGGCAACACCUCCGAGACAGCAACCAUGAAGCAAUCCAAAGAGAAGAAAGGGUUGCGAAACAGUGGCCGUGUCGGAGCCAUCCAUGAAACAGGCCGGGAGCAAACUACAAUGCAUCCUGUUUCCACCACGCCCAUCUACCAUGGCUUGGGUCGAUCUUCAGUCCAUGAGAAGAAGGAAGCUGUAUCUCAGAGUCAACGGCAAACUACACUGCAGCCUGUUUCCACCCCUUCUGUCUACCAUGGGUUGGGUCGAUCUUCAGUGAAUGAGAAGAAAGAAACUGCCCCUCAUAUCCAUGAGAAGAAGGAAGCUGUGUCUCAGAGUCAGCACCAAACCACACGGCAGCCUGUUUCCACCCCUUCUGUCUACCAUGGGUUGGGUCGAUCUUCAGUCCAUGAGAAGAAGGAGACUGCCCAUCAACACUACAGUAUGGCACAUCAUGACUAUUUGCAAAGACCUUGUGAGAAUUCAAGUCUCCACAGCCUAGACCCUAUUGGAGAUGACCCUUCCAAUGGGGGGCUAAUUGACGAUGGAGACAUUUCAAUGGAGCAGCAUCCCAACACCCAACAAUGGGGAAAUGAUCAGAUUAUUGGGGGAGACAUUGCAAUGGAGCAGCAUCCCAACACCCAACAAUGGGGAAAUAAUCAGAUUCUUGGUGGAGAUAAUGUUAUGGAGCAACAUCCCAACAACCAACAUGGGGAGGAACCCAGUGGUCAGAUUCUUGACAGUGCAGCAGUAGCAGGAAGGGACGAUCAGCCAUCUGGCCUGAAUUUUUUGGAAAACACAAGCUUUUCAAGUGAUGAUGCCUCGGAUGAAUCCAACUUUGUCAAUGACGACCAUGAUGUAAAUGAUCUAGAGGCAAAUCCACCUAUGACUAUGGAACCUUCGACCAUAAGCACCUCCGCCAAUAUUGAUAACGAUGAGGGUCUUGUGGAAGCCAGGCCUGUGGCAGAGGAUCAUCUUAGUCGAUUGAACCUGAUGGAAGCAACACCAUUUGAUUUGGCUGCCGAUGAACGGCGCAAAGCAGGCCUCAGGCAUACACGAAUGCUCCAACAGAUUACUCUUAGUUUGGGCCUAACAUUUCUUUUCUUGCUGAUUACUCUGGGAGCACUAGUGGGUGUAUUCUACUUUGGUCAGCAAGAGCCAGAUACUGUGGUUGUCAAUGCAACAGCCGCACCACUGGUGAGCAACCAGACCAGUGCACCUGAACUGAAUGUUACUCUCAUACCAACCCCUGCACCCACUGAGGAUCCCCUUGAUGGCCUCAUCUCUGAGUUGCCCAACAUCACUCUUGAAAGGCUUGAGGACCAUGAAGGGCCUCCAAGUGCUUUUGAAAGUGUUUACAACAUCGAUGGCCAAACAUGCAACAGCAGUACUCAGGAAUUCCAGUAUUUGACGCUGUCACUGAAGCCCUCUGCAGUCAGUACCAAUGUUAGCGUGCAGAUCCCCCCAGAGCUCUCUUUGUUGACAGGUCUCAAGUUUGUUUGGCUUUACAAUAUGACAAUCACUGGCACUCUGUCAUCUGAACUAGGGCUGCUCCAGUCAGUUGCAAACAUGCAGUUACAGCUCAACUCCAUUUCAGGCACUAUCCCUGUUGAACUUGCAGAAAUGUCAAGCUUGGAUUAUCUUGAUCUCAGUUCCAACAUGUUAACUGGCACAUUGCCCUCGCAAUUGGCCAACUUAGUCAGGUUGGCAUCGUUGGUUGUCGGUGACAAUGCCUUGGUGGGACCACUGCCAAGUGAACUGGCGUUGAUGCCUGAACUUGAGUCAUUUGUGGCAAAUGACAAUCCAUUGGCAGCAACCCUUCCACAGAAAUUGAUGGAAGCACCAAAUCUGAGCGUUUUGGCACUUUAUAAUACUCAGAUGUCUGGUUCAAUCCCAUUAUCCAUUGGCCGUGCAAACAGCUUGGUGACACUGGUGUUGCAUACCAACCAACUGACUGGAAUCAUUCCAAGCGAGCUGGGGUUGCUAUCCAGGCUACAGCUGUAG